AUGGCCACUUCCUCAUCUACCACCUCACUCCUACCAGCUUUCAACCCAAUCCUACUCAUCGACUAUCUCACAGAAGUUCUUUCCGCCACAUUGGGCGCGAGCAAACGAGACCUUGAGUCUAAUGGGAGCAUUUUAUCAGAUCCCCGAUAUUCAGAGACUCUGUCGAAGUGUUCAAGAUUUGCUGCAGAACCGAUUGUAGCUCUCUAUGCUUCUAAAGAUGUACUGGAAAAGGAGCCUUCCCCGGAGGAUGUUUCAUCACCUAUAUCCAGUCCAACCUCGGUUGCCUAUGUUUACUCCAUCGCAUCGGAGAUGUCUUCAUCACCUAGUACAGUGGCCUCCUUAGCUAUUAUCAAGCGACCACAGCCCCUGGAUCCUACUAUACCUCUUCAUUCACAACUUCAGAUUAUGAACCUUCCUGGUACAGUAGUCUUGAACAGUGGUGCACAAGGAUCAGUAUCCCCUUUUGAAAUUUUACACUCUGUUGUACAUCUAGCGUUGGGGCCGUAUUUUGAUGCCUAUACCAAAGGCCAAGAGACUCAAUCGCAUGGCCGAAUAAACAGGUUUGCAGAUGGAGAGGCAAAGACAGGUAUUCCUGUUACGAAGAAGAAGUUGGCGGAACUCGAACUCUCACUUUUGCAUCUACAACAGAAUAUUGAGAUUCCCGAGCUGUCAUUGGCUCUUCAUCAAGUUGUCCAAGCAGCAGUUGAUGAGGCUCUUCUCAAGACCACACGACCGUCAUUGGAGCUUAUUCCUGCUCAUCUCCUUCAAGAUAGCACUUUCUUGAACAACUUGCAGUCUACGGUUAAUGCUUGGAUCAAAUCGAUCCAGUCAAUCACAAAAAUGUCUCGUGAUACUGAGAGCGGGACUGCCACUCAAGAAAUUAAUUUCUGGUUAUCAAUGGAGAGUGCAUUGGAGGGCAUUGAAGAACAGUUAAGGAGUGAAGGGGUGCUGCUCACCUUAGAAAUCUUGAAGCAUGCAAAACGAUUCCACGCCACUGUCAGUUUUAUCGCUGACACGGGGCUCAAAGAAGCAACCGACAAAGUACAAAAAUAUAAUCAGCUUAUGCGCGAUUUCCCACUCGAUGAAUUGUUAUCUGCAACUAGCCUACAGAAAGUCCAAGAUGCAAUUGUCGGAAUUUUCCUCCACCUCAAUAAGAAACUCCGUAUUUGCCCAUAUCCGAUUCGUCGGGCACUCCCACUUGUCGAGGCCAUCUCGGCAGAUUUGGACUCACAGAUUCACACCCUACUCAGUGGACGUCGGUUGAUGCACUUGGAGUACAGGGAUUUUGAAUCACUCAUGAAUGUUGCUGAGGGGGUUUUCAAAACUUGGGAAGAAAACAUUAAAGAGUUUACAAACGUUGCUAGAGAUGUUACUCGAAAACGAUCGGAGAAAUUCAUACCUAUCAAAAUCUCUGCUAGACAUCUCAAGACCCAGGAGCGGCUUGCAUAUAUCAAGGCAUUUAGACACGGUCACGAGCAGCUGCAAAGGACAAUUGCGAAUGUUCUCGGUCCAAAGUCAUAUGAGAACGGCAUCCCCGCCAUAACAGCGGGAACUACCGUGGCAAAUGGGGUCGCUGUGAUCGAAGAUAUCGGCGAUGUAGAUGCCGUCGAUGAAGUCGCCCAGGCAUAUGCUGUGUUGAAGGAUGUCGAUGUAUUGGAUGUUACGCCAGAGGGUACCGAAAUCUGGAUUGCCGCUGAAAAUGCGUACAAUGAACGGACAUCACGUGUUGAGAACUCGAUUAUUGCAAGAUUGAGAGACAGACUUGCCACCGCAAAGACAGCGAAUGAGAUGUUUCGCGUGUUUUCUAAGUUCAAUGCUCUUUUUGUUCGCCCUAAAAUUCGGGGUGCUAUCCAGGAGUACCAAACACAGCUUAUCGAUAGCGUGAAGCAAGAUAUAGCGGCCCUUCAUGAGCGUUUCAAGCAGCAAUAUGGUCACUCGGAGGCUCACGCGAUGGCCCAGUUGCAUGACCUACCUCCUAUAUCCGGAGCGAUUAUCUGGGCGAAGCAGAUUGAGAGGCAAUUGAAUGCUUAUAUGAAAAGGGUAGAAGAUGUUUUGGGCCGUGGUUGGGAAAUGUACCAUGAGGGUCAGAAGUUACAGGGAGAGAGCAACACAUUCAAGAAAAAGCUAGACACAAGACCGAUUUUCGAAUCGUGGUUGCAUGAUGUUACAAAACGAAAUCUAUCAAUUUCUGGGCGUCUUUUUAGUAUCACAAGGAACAGGGCUGCCGGAAAUACACUUGAGCUCAUAGUAAAUUUCGAUCAGCAGGUUAUCGCGCUGUUUAAAGAAGUUCGAAAUCUUAUAUGGCUCAACUACCAGGUCCCGCACUCGAUUAACAACAUCUCCAAGGAAGCAAAACGAGUAUAUCCCUAUGCAGUUAGUCUGAUGGAAACAGUAAGGACAUAUGCACAAACAAAUAGAAAUAUCAUGGAGAUGUCGGAUGUAUCGAUUCUGCUCAGCGGAUACCAGAAUGACGUCAACGGUCUCAUCACAAAGGGUAUUCCCCUGAAGUGGGAAUCAUUUGUACAUUCUUAUGAUCUGCACCUGAGACAAUUGCAAUAUCUACCCAACGGGAACAUCGAUCCAACAACAUCACUAGCUGGAAGAGAGAGUAAGCAUGUUCAGUUUGUCCGCGACUUUGCUGCAGCGGUGUCAAUACUUCAGAGCAAGACUGGAACUCUAGGAAGUAUCCAUGACACGACUCAAAAAUCCAUGGCCGAACUGCGAACUUGCCCAUAUGACAUGGACGCUUUCCAGCAGAAACUCGAGAUCAUCCAGACCGCCGUCGAUCAGCUCAACCUAGAGAACUAUGUCAACCUUUCACAUUGGGUCGGCGAACUAAAUAGUAAGAUUGAGGAAAUAUUUCUCAGCAGGCUUACAGAAGCGAUUGUCUUGUGGAUUGAGGUAUUCAAGGAUGCCAAGGGCGAUGAAGGCGCAGAUGGAGAUAUUCAGAGGAAGAGGUUUAGUAAAAUUGAAAGCGAAGAUAUGGAGAUAGUUUCCAAAGAAAAUGGCGCCUACAACCCGAGGAUGAAAAGACUAGUGCAUGAAAUUAGUAUCAGGAAUCAGGUUAUUUAUUUAGACCCUCCAUUGGAAUUCGCGAGGGCAAGUUGGUACAGUCAAUUGCAUCAGUGGUUGGGGAUUGCGUGUAAUUUGAAAAAGUUGAAGGCUAGUCGGUAUGAGAUGAAUAUUAACUUGGCGGCUGGAGGAGACUCAGAGAUGUUAUUUUCUGAUUUGCCUGCGAACUGUGCUUCUACACUAUCUGAUGCAUACGAAGCCAUUGAGCAGAAACUAGCAGCAGUCGGCGCAUACGUGGAUGAAUGGCUCAGGUUCCAAUCGCUUUGGGAUUUGCAAUCAGAGCAGGUAUACGAUAUUCUAGGUGAUAACCUGACUAGGUGGUUGCAACUUCUCCAGGAAAUCAGAAAAACUCGGUCUACGUUCGAUACUUCGGAUGUAAGUCGUUCAUUUGGUAACUUGACCAUCGACUAUGAGCAAGUUCAGACGAAAGUCAAUGCCAAAUACGAUCAAUGGCAACACGAUAUCCUCCUCAAAUUUGCCAAUAAGCUUGGGUACCGUAUGCGGGAGGCACACGCUGAGAUCGGGAAGGCAAGGCGUGAUCUUGAGGGACAAUCACUUGAAGCAUCAUCGACUGCGCAAGCCGUGGCAUUCAUCACCAUCGUCCAGCAAUGUAAGAGGAAGGUCAAGACAUGGGCACCUGAAGUGGAGCUAUUUAGACAAGGGGAGACAACACUAUUGAGGCAGAGGUAUCAGUUCCAGGGCGAUUGGUUGUUUGUUGAACAAAUUGACGGCGAGUGGGGUGCACUGAAUGAGAUAUUGGCGAGGAAGAGUAAAAUCGUACAGGAUCAAACGGAUGCGCUCCGAGCAAAGAUUUUGGCGGAGGAUAUGGUGGUAACCGAUAAAAUCAACAACAUUGUUGGAGAAUGGAACGAUCAGAAGCCUGUCUCUGGGACUAUUGCACCCGAGGAAGCCUCGCAUACUCUUAAGGAGUUCGAGAGCAGGCUUACACAACUUAAAUCAGAGUCCGAGAUGGUUUCAAAGGCCAAGGAGGCUCUCGAUAUUGCUGCUGGUCCUGAAAAUAUUCUUGUCUCUAUUCUUGAAGAGGUGCAGGACUUUAAGUCUGUUUGGUCUGCGCUUUCAACUAUUUGGAAGAGUUUGAACGAUCUUCGAGACACGCCAUGGUCUUCUGUCUUGACCAGGAAAAUUCGCCAGGGUCUCGAGGGGCUCAUCAAUAUGACUAAAGAGAUGCCGAGUCGUAUGAGACAAUAUGCUGCAUUUGAGCAUAUUCAGAAUGUUCUCCGACAACUUGUCAAAGUUAACCCCCUACUGUCCGAGAUGAAAUCUGAGGCUGUUAGGGAGAGACAUUGGAAUAAGAUAUUCAAGGCAUUGAAGCCGGGGCAAAGAGUUUAUCUUAGUUCGCUCACAUUAGGAGCUGUCUGGGAUUUGAAUUUGACCGCCAGCGAGCCUGUUAUCAAGGAUAUCAUUGCCCAGGCUCAAGGCGAGAUGGCACUUGAGGAGUUCUUAAAACAGGUUCGUGAAACAUGGACUAGCUACGUUCUAGACUUGGUCGGAUAUCAAAACAAGUGCCGUUUGAUUCGCGGAUGGGAUGAUCUUUUUGCCAAGUGCAGUGAGAACCUGAAUUCGCUACAGGCUAUGAGACAUUCACCUUACUAUAAAGAAUUUGAGGACGAAGCCUCGUCAUGGGAGGAUAAGCUCAAUCGUGUCCAUGUCCUGUUCGAUAUCUGGAUUGAUGUGCAGCGCCAAUGGGUUUACCUUGAAGGUGUAUUCACUGGAAACGCCGACAUAAAACAUCUUUUACCUAUCGAAUCAUCACGGUUCCAGAAUAUCAACUCUGAGUUCUUUACCGUCAUGAAAAAAGUGUACAAGUCACCUUAUGUCCUCGAUGUUCUCAACAUCUCAGGUGUUCAGAAAUCGCUCGAACGUCUCGCGGAGCUCCUCAACAAGAUUCAAAAAGCUCUAGGAGAGUAUCUCGAACGUGAACGUGUUCAAUUCCCUAGGUUCUACUUCGUCGGUGAUGAGGAUUUAUUGGAGAUUAUUGGUAAUAGUAAUGAUUCUGUCAGGAUUCAAAAACAUUUCAAAAAGAUGUUUGCUGGCCUCAACGGACUAAUUCUGGACGAUGAUUCUACAAUUCUUGGAUUUACUUCAAAGGAAGGUGAAGAAGUCAAACUGAAGAAAGAAAUUUCACUUAUCAAGACACCAAAAAUCAACGAUUGGCUGACCGCGCUGGAGAAUAACAUGAAGCUCACUCUCGCAGAGUUGUUAGCAGAGGCCGUGAGCGAUUUUAAAGAGGUCUUUACUGCAAAAGAGCUAGAUCAAGAAAAAUUUACGGAAUAUAUUGCGAAGUACCCUGCACAGAUACUGGUUCUUGGAACACAAGUUGUGUGGACGACGGUUGUGGAAAAGGCAUUGAAUGACGGUGGAGGGGAUUUAUUUGAGUUAUAUGAACAAGAGGUCAGGGUACUUGCAUUGCUUGCUGCCACUGUGCUAGGGGAUUUGGGUGCGAUUCAAAGGAAGAAGUGUGAACACCUGAUUACCGAAUUUGUGCAUCAACGGGACUGUAUCUACAGGCUAGCAAAGUCUGGGGCUAACACUACGGAGGAUUAUGUCUGGUUGUUGCAGAUGAGGUAUCAUUAUGUGGAGGAGGGAGAUUAUCUGAACAGGCUUAAAAUUCGGAUGGCCAAUGCGGAGUUGGAAUAUGGAUUUGAAUAUCUUGGUGUGGCAGAGAGGCUCGUCCGCACACCUUUGACGGAUCGCUGUUUCUUGACAUUGACGCAAGCUCUUUGCCAGAGGCUUGGAGGGUCUCCAUACGGUCCCGCGGGUACUGGUAAGACCGAAUCUGUCAAAGCGCUCGGUGUACAACUCGGACGAUUUACUCUCGUCUUUUGUUGUGAUGACACUUUCGAUUUCCAGGCUAUGGGGAGAAUUUUCUUGGGUAUUUGUCAGGUCGGUGCUUGGGGUUGUUUUGACGAAUUCAAUCGGCUUGAAGAAAGGAUCCUUUCGGCAGUCUCACAACAAGUCCAGAAUAUUCAGCUGGGAUUGAAAAAAGCGAUUGAAAAUCCGAAUGCGCAGAUCGAACUCGUUGGAAGGCAACUGAAGGUUCAUCAAAAUACUGGUAUUUUCAUUACAAUGAAUCCUGGGUAUGCCGGCCGUUCGAACUUGCCAGAUAAUCUUAAAAAGCUCUUCAGAAGUGUUGCAAUGUCCAAACCAGACAAAGAACUCAUUGCAGAAGUCAUGUUAUACUCCCAAGGUUUCGCCCAAGCAAAGUCACUUGCGAAGCAGACUGUGCCAUUUUUUGAUCAGUGUGCCAAGCAGCUCUCGAAGCAAGCACAUUACGAUUUCGGGCUGCGUGCGUUGAAAAGUGUGUUGGUCAGUUCGGGUGGGUUGAAAAGAGCUAGGCUGGUAAAUGAUGGCGUUGGCGCGGAUAAGGUGUCAGAUGCGGAUUGGGAGGCGCAAAUUAUUGUGCAGAGUUUAAGAGAGACUAUUGCGCCAAAGUUGAUUAGAGAUGAUGUGGAGAUUAUGAAAAGGAUUGAGAACGAUUCUUUCCCUGGGAUUGAAUACAUUCCUGGGAAUCUAUCAAAACUGGAGGAUGCGAUCAGGAAUAUUGCUGCGGCCCAGAAUUUGGUAGUUACAGAUGUUUGGAUGACGAAGAUUUUGCAGCUUUAUCAGAUACAAACCAUUCACCAUGGUGUCAUGAUGGUCGGAGAUUCGGGUUCAGGAAAGUCUGCUGCGUGGAAAGUAUUGCUCCAAGCUUUACAGAUCGUUGAGGGACAAGAAGGGGUACAUCACAUUAUCGAUUCAAAAGUCAUGUCGAAGGAAUCAUUAUACGGAAGUCUUGAUUCAACAACAAGGGAGUGGACGGAUGGGUUAUUUACAAGUAUUUUGAGGAAAAUUGUGGAUAAUCUUCGUGGGGAAGAUUCGAAAAGGCAUUGGAUCGUGUUUGAUGGUGAUGUCGAUCCGGAGUGGGUUGAGAAUUUGAACAGUGUUUUGGAUGACAACAAACUCCUGACAUUACCUAACGGAGAACGUCUCAAUCUUCCCGCCAAUGUCCGUAUCAUGUUUGAGGUUGAGACCCUGAAGUAUGCAACCCUAGCUACUGUCUCACGUUGUGGCAUGGUCUGGUUUAGCGAAGACACGGUUACAUCGAUGAUGAUGGUCAAACACUACCUGAAAUCUUUGCGAACAAUCGUGUUUGACGACCUUGACGAAGAUAACACUAUUAGCUCUGGGCAAGUGUCCGUCAAAGCCUUGUCAACUCAAUCGCAUAUGGCUGAGCUGCUCACUCAACUAUUGGAAAAUGACAAUUUUAUUGUUGACACAUUGACGGAGGCGAAAAAAUAUAACCAUAUCAUGGAAUUCACCGAGGCUAGAGUUCUUAAUACCAUGUUUUCGUUACUUAACAAGAUCUGCCGAAAUAUGAUCGAAUAUAAUAUCCAGCAUGUCGAUUUCCCACUCGAGGAUGAACAGGUGGAGGCCUAUGUCUCUAAAAAACUUCUCUUGGCAAUGGUCUGGAGUUUUACUGGCGAUUGCCCAUUGGCUGACAGGGAGAUUUUUGGCCGAUACGCGUGUGGCCUGACUACAGUUGAGCUUCCACCGCUUGGCGAAGGAGGAGCGAUCAUUGACUACGAUGUUUCAUUACCAAGAGCCGAAUGGACACCUUGGCAAGACCAAGUGCCACAAAUCGAAAUCAAUACACAUUCGGUUACGCAAACUGACAUCGUUAUUCCCACUUUAGAUACUGUCAGGCACGAAGAUGUACUCUACUCCUGGCUGGCAGAGCAUAAACCGUUACUUCUCUGUGGUCCUCCUGGUUCAGGUAAGACGAUGACAUUAUUCAGUGCUUUGCGAAAACUGCCAAAUAUGGAGGUAGUCGGCCUCAAUUUCUCCAGUGCUACGACACCUGAUCUCCUCAUCAAAACAUUUGAACAAUACUGCGAGUACAAAAAGACUUUGAAUGGAGUUAUGCUCUCCCCGACACAAAUUGGAAGAUGGUUGGUUAUAUUUUGCGACGAGAUCAACUUACCUGCCCCUGAUAAGUACGGAACUCAGCGUGCCAUAUCCUUUUUGAGACAGUUGGUAGAGCAAAACGGGUUCUGGAGGACUUCAGACAAAACUUGGGUUACAUUGGAUCGUAUUCAAUUCGUCGGUGCUUGUAAUCCCCCCACCGAUGCUGGCCGUACGCCAAUGGGGGCGCGUUUCCUUCGUCAUGCACCUCUCAUUAUGGUCGAUUACCCAGGAGAGACAUCUCUGCAACAAAUUUAUGGAACUUUCAAUAGCGCAGUUUUGAAGAUUAUCCCUAGUCUUCGUGGAUACUCAGAACCUCUCACUAAGGCCAUGGUGCAGUUCUAUCUGGAGUCGCAACAGAAAUUCACCCCCCAAAUCCAGCCACAUUAUGUUUACUCUCCAAGAGAAUUGACCAGAUGGGUCCGCGGAUUAUAUGAGGCACUUCGACCUUUGGAGACACUUACUGUGGAGGGCUUAGUUAGAAUUUGGGCGCACGAAGCGUUGAGAUUGUUUGAAGAUCGUUUGGUCGGAGAGGAUGAGAGGUUGUGGACCAGUGACGCGGUAAAGCGAGUUGCACUGCAACAUUUCCCGGGUAUUGACGAACAGAGAGCACUAGGGGGGCCAAUUCUAUUCUCUAACUGGUUGUCGAAGAAUUAUGUGCCUGUUGAGCGCGAACAGUUAAGAGAUUUUGCCAAAGCAAGAUUGAAGACUUUCUGCGAAGAAGAGGUGGACGUGCCUUUAAUCUUAUUCAAUGACGUUUUGGAGCAUGUUCUUCGGAUUGAUAGAGUUUUUAGACAGCCUCAGGGGCACCUAAUCUUAAUCGGAGUUAGCGGAAGUGGAAAAACUACACUCUCCCGGUUUGUUGCCUGGAUGAAUGGCUUGAAGGUUUUUCAAAUCAAGGUUCACGGUAAAUAUUCGGCAGAGGACUUUGACGAUGAUCUGAGAGAUGUACUUCGACGAUGCGGCUGUAAGGGUGAGAAAAUCUGUUUCAUCAUGGACGAGUCAAACGUACUGGACUCGGGCUUUUUGGAGCGAAUGAAUACUUUGCUUGCUAAUGCAGAGGUCCCCGGUCUUUUUGAGGGCGACGAAUUUGCUGCUCUGAUGACGGCAUGCAAGGAGGGAGCUCAGCGACAAGGGUUACUUUUAGACUCGCAGGAAGAGCUAUAUAAGUGGUUCACUCAGCAGAUUGUCAAAAAUUUGCACGUUGUUUUUACGAUGAAUCCGCCUGAGGAGGGCCUUUCUUCCAAGGCGGCAACUUCGCCUGCGCUAUUCAAUCGUUGCGUGCUCAAUUGGUUCGGUGAUUGGUCGGAUCAGGCCUUCUACCAAGUCGGCAUGGAACUCACUCAAUCCCUUGAUUUAGACCGCGCUACAUACAGAGCACCCGACAGCAUCCCAGUAGCCUACCGCGAACUCGUAUUACCACCUUCGCACAGGGAAGCUGUUGUCAAUGCCAUGGUUUAUAUCCACCACUCACUCCACCGAUUUAACUCAAAGCUUCAAAGGCAACAAAACAAGACAACUUUCCUUACUCCCCGCCACUUCCUUGACUUCGUCGCUCAAUAUGUCAAGCUUUAUAAUGAGAAACGUGAAGAUCUGGAAGAGCAACAGCGACACUUGAAUGUGGGUUUAGAGAAGUUAAAAGAUACUGUGGAUAAAGUUCGUGACCUGCGUGUCAGUUUGGCUUCAAAACAGCUUCAGCUUGAAAAGAAGAGUGCCGAGGCAAACGAAAAGCUUCAAAGAAUGGUUGCAGAUCAACAAGAAACAGAGCAGAAGCGUGCGGCAUCUCUUGAAGUUCAGGCAGCGUUGGAGGUGCAAGAGAGGGAGGUUGCAGAACGUCGGGAAAUCGUUCUGAAUGACCUUGCCAUGGCUGAACCGGCGGUUAUCGAGGCUCAACGAUCUGUCAGCAAUAUCAAGAAACAACAUCUUACCGAAGUAAGGGUCAUGGGCAAACCUCCGCCAGCAGUUCGUCUUGCUAUGGAAUCUGUGUGCACUCUUCUGGGCCACAAGGUAGAUAGUUGGGCUGGUGUCCAGGCAAUCAUCAGGCGGGAUGACUUCAUCUCUAGCAUUGUCAACUUCGACAACGAGAGACAAAUGACUAGACCGCUUCGCCAGCGCAUGAUGAAAGACUACCUUUCACAACCAAACUACUCCUUUGAGGCUAUGAAUAGGGCCAGUAAGGCAUGUGGGCCUCUUGUGCAAUGGGUGGAGGCUCAGGUCAACUACUCAGAGAUCCUCGAUCGCGUUGGUCCCUUGAGAGACGAAGUGGAUCAAUUGGAAGAACAGGCGAAGCAAACAAAGGCCCAAGCUCAGGAAAUGCAAGACACUAUUGCUGAAUUGGAGCAGAGUAUUGGAAGGUACAAGGAAGAAUAUGCUGCUCUUAUCAGCGAAACCCAAGCCCUCAAGACCGAAAUGUCCCGAGUACAGUUCAAGGUGGAUCGCAGCGUCAAACUUCUGGAUAGUUUGUCCUCCGAAAGAACUAGAUGGGAGGACGGAAGUAGAUCAUUCGAAACCCAAAUUGGGACUCUUGUUGGGGAUGUCCUUGUCUCCGCAGCUUUCUUGGCCUAUAGUGGGCUUUACGACCAGCAAUACCGCAAAGCAAUGUCGGAUGAUUGGCUACAUCAUCUUUCAUUGUCAGGGAUCGAGUACAAGCAACAUAAUCCAAUAACAGAAUAUCUCUCCACUGCAGAUGAGCGACUAGUAUGGCAAGAAAAUGGCCUACCGGUGGAUGACCUAUGCACAGAGAAUGCCAUCAUCCUCAAGAGGUUCAACCGCUAUCCUCUUAUCAUCGAUCCUUCUGGCAGAGUCACAGACUUUUUGGUAAACGAAAGCAAAGAAAGACGUCUCACAGUUACCAGUUUCCUUGACGAUUCUUUCACCAAGCAGUUGGAAAGUUCACUACGUUUCGGCAACCCUAUACUCAUCCAAGAUGCAGAACAUCUCGAUCCAAUUCUCAACCACGUCUUGAAUAAGGAGUAUCAAAAGACUGGUGGCCGUGUUUUAAUCCAGCUCGGGAAACAGGAGAUCGAUUUCUCUCCAUCAUUCAAACUAUUCUUGUCAACUCGUGAUCCUUCAGCUACUUUUGCUCCUGAUAUUUGCAGUCGUGCAACCUUUGUCAACUUUACAGUUACUCAGAGCAGUUUGCAGACACAGUCUUUGAACCAGGUCUUGAAAUUUGAGAGACCUGACGUUGAUCAGCGCAGAACAAACUUGAUGAAACUCCAAGGUGAAUUCAAAUUGCAUCUCAGGCAAUUGGAGAAACGCCUUCUUCAAGCAUUAAACGAAUCGCGGGGAAACAUCCUUGACGAUGACCGUGUUAUUGACACUUUGGAAACGUUAAAGACCGAAGCGGCAGAAGUCUCUCGCAAGAUGGCUGAGACAGAUGGAGUGAUGACCGAGGUGGAGACGAUCACAUUGCAAUACCAAAUCAUUGCACGCGCUUGUAGUGCUGUUUUUGCGGUGCUUGAACAACUUCACCACUUGAAUCAUUUCUAUCAAUUUUCGUUGCAAUAUUUCCUUGACAUCUUUCAUACAGUUUUACAUGACAACAAGCAGCUACAAGCUGAGAAAGACCAUAAUGCUCGCAUCCAGAUUAUUCUCCGCUCACUUUUCAUCACCACAUACCAGCGCACCUCAUUAGGACUCCUUCAGAAGGAUCGUGUUACCUUAGCGAUGCUCCUUGCUCAAGCGUCUCCUUAUAAAAUGGACAAAUCUCUUGUUGACAGAAUCCUGGACGAAGGCCUCCCUGGCGUUGACGUCUCCACCGAGACUAACCGAAGAGAAGAGAUCAUGGGGCGUACAUCUAUGCUUCCAAUUUUCAGAGAUCGUAUUGGGGAUAUCCCUUCACAGGACUGGGAGCGGUUCUUUGAAGAGGAAAUAGCCGAGAGCUUCAUUCCUACCAUUUGGGAUGAGAACCUGCCAGAACUUGAUAAAGAAUUACAUAAACUUCUGUUAGUCAAGCUUUUCAGAGUAGACAGAUUUGUUCCUUCUGCGGAGAAAUUCGUUUCUGUGGUAUUUGGGAAAGAGCUUCUAGACGCCUUCGGAGACCUCAAGCAGGUUGUCUCCGAAGUUUCCGCUACCACUCCCAUUGCUCUAGCUUCGUCCCCUGGUUUCGACGCCAGUUACAAGGUGGACAGUUUAGUGGAGCAAGUUGGGGCAACAUGUACCAACAUCGCUAUGGGUUCCAAUGAGGGGCUUGCCACAGCAGAUAAGGCGGUCAGCAAUGCUGCCUCUUCCGGAUCUUGGGUUCUAGUUAAGAACGUCCACCUUACUCCUGCGUGGCUACAGUCCCUGGAAAAGAGGCUUGACGCACUCCGUCCACAUCCAAACUUCAGGCUCUUUCUUUCUAUGGAAUCGUCACCUAGGAUACCGAUCAAUCUCUUGCGUGCAUCUCGAGUUCUCAUGUAUGAGCAGCCGGCAGGAGUCCGUGCGAAUAUGAAGGAUUCGCUGCAGUCUCUCUCGAUGCGUCCAGCAAAGCAACAGCCAACGGAAAAGGCUAGGGUCUAUCUGCUUCUCUCCUUUUUGCAUGCAGUAGUGCAGGAGAGACUUCGUUAUGCCCCCAACCUUGGAUGGAAAGGAUGGUGGGAAUUCAAUGAUAGUGAUUACGAAUGUUCUGCCCAUAUCAUUGAUACUUGGGUUGAUCACGUCGCGGCUGGUCGCACAAAUGUCGCGCCUACAAAACUUCCCUGGGACAUGAUCCGCACUCUUAUCACAGAAACAUAUGGUGGAAAAAUCGACGAUGAGGGUGACUUUACUCGUCUUGGUCAACUUGUCAAAGCUGUCUUCACUCCCGAUGCUUUUAAUACCGACUUCAAAUUGGUUGAUAUCGCUGAAAACCCUCUCUAUGUUCCCGAGGGGAUUGGCAUGCCAGAAUUCAUACAAUGGGUCAAUUCUUUGCCAGAGAGGGAGCCACCGACGUACUUGGGAUUGCCGGCAAAUGCGGAGAAGUUACUGUUGGUUGGUCACGGAAAGGCUAUGAUCGAAAAUUUGGAUUCUAUUACAAAUAUGCUAGAAGAGGGGGAGCAGGUUAUGGCAGAUGCAGCAUAG